CACCUUGAAUCGCAUACUCUUAGAAAUAACCAACCAACGACUCAAUUUUUGAUACUACGCACUAUUAUCCUUAAAAAAAACGAAAAAAGGCGAUUUAGAGUUGUGUUUUAUAUAGAUCAUUUAAAAAUCAAAUGCAUAUUCUAUAGAGAGAUAUAUUCAAAGUCAAGGGUUGAAUAGCUCAUAAACAUAUCUUAUUAUUGAAAAUGAAUGAAGGAAAUUCAUUAAGAAAUGAAAAUAUUAACAGAGAAAGGAAAAGCAACGAAGAACAGGAGAUACCCAGCCGAAAACAGGCACAACCUAGCAUUCGAGGAGAGAGGAGAUCAGGCCAAUACAGAAGAAGGGACUACUAUACAAAUAACGAAGAAGAAACUUAUUCAAGGGCAGCAGACGAUCAUCCUCGUAAAGAUGUAAGAGAUGUUGUUCGAACACAUUAUAAUGCUCGACCCGAUAUGGGUACUAGAAAACGACAGUUUUCACCUAUUAUCCAGUUGAAACGUUUUAACAAUUGGAUUAAAUCUGUACUUAUUCAGAAAUUCACCCCUAGGGUUGAUGAUAGGCCCCUACUUGUGCUCGAUUUAGGCUGUGGGAAAGGCGGUGAUUUAAUUAAAUGGGAUAAAGCUGGCAUCGAUGGUUACAUAGGUGUUGAUAUCGCCGAGAACUCUGUAGACCAAGCAAAAAGACGAUAUCGUGAACUUCAACCAUGCUUUGAUGCUCUAUUUUAUGCAGGAGAUUGUUUUUCCCGCUCCGUUAGCGAGUUCCUUCCUCCAGAUCAGCGGCAAUUUGAUAUAGUAUCAUUACAGUUUUGCUUGCAUUAUGCAUUUGAAAGUGAAUUGAAGGCUAGAAGACUUUUGGAAAAUGUUUCAAAAUGUUUGCCUCGUGGCGGCAUUAUGCUUGGCACAAUCCCAAACUCAGAUAUAAUUUCUCAGCGCCUAAAAGAGCUACCACCUUCUGAGGUUUCUUGGGGUAAUGACAUUUACAGCGUACGAUUUACACAGCGACCGUCUCACACCUUCCGUCCUCCUUUUGGCAUUCAAUACUUCUUUUACUUGGAAGAUGCCGUAACUGAUGUUCCUGAGUAUGUUGUUCCAUUUGAGGCAUUUCGUGCAAUAGCGGAGACGUAUGAUUUGGAAUUGUUAUGGCAAAAACCCUUUGUGGACAUCUUCAAUGAGGAAAAAAACUCUGAAGCUUUUGGUAAUUUGAUGGAGCGCAUGAAAGUAGUAGACAGUAACGGAAAGAGAGGAAUUGAUCCGCAAGAGUUAGAAGCAGCCAGCUUUUACUUGGCGUUUGCUUUUGAAAAAAGGGGGAUCUGAAUAAACCCAAACUUUACUUUCACACAAAAAAUCAAGCCUAUACUCUCCUUUUCUCUUCAAGCGAUUCAGUACCUCCUAAUUAGUUUUCCUUUAUAAUUAUGAUUUAAAAAUUAUUGCUUUUUAA